AAAAUGCAGUACCCCACCUCGUACUAUGAAAUCCACUGCGGCGGCCCAAGGUGGGGUGUUUUAGCUGGUUUGGGGGAGGCCGGGGCGGAGGCGGAGCAUCUGUGCCAACAUUUUGCCCCGAAGUGCCGUUGACAUUGUGCAAGCGGGUAGGGGAGCGUGGGGCCGCGGUAAACAAACUGAGUAGCUUCGGCGGGGACAGAGAUGUAGUAUAAAACGUUAAUGGAUGUCCAGGGCGCACCGUUUCGCCGGCUGCUGGCCAGAGGUGCUAGGGAGUUGCUGACAGGAGCCCGGGAGAGGAUGCACCUUCCCCUGCCUUGGAAAGGGCAAAAGUGGAUGGACUAAGUUUGCAUUGAUGUGGCUCAAGAAUCCCUCCCUUUACUUGUCCUCAAGUUGCUAGACGCCAGUUAUUUAAAUAUGAUGGAGAAAUCCUCCCCAGGUGAUGAUUUUCUUAGGCCUAAGCAAUUCCACUAGAAAGGGGUGGUGGAAAAAGCCCCUGAAGCACAAGAAGAAAAAUGCUUCCUGGUUAUUGUGGGAGCUCUGUUACUGGACGGAAUUCAUCUUCACUGCAACGCUAUGGCGCAGGCACCUAAAGGUCAAAAUGGCCAUGGAAAUGAAAGGGUUCUGACCAGCUGGGUGGGAAAGAACAGCUCCACAAAUAAGGUCGAAUGACUGAAGGUGUUUCUACUGCACAUUUCUGCCUUUGCAAGAAGGUACCCCCGACCCCAAGUGCCUUCCCAGAGGUGGGGCGUCCUGGUUCUGAACUGGACCCGUGUGGCUCUUCAUAAGCAGCCUCCAGAUUUGCUGCUUCCCAUGGCUCUUUAUAAAGGAACAGUCUCCCAAAGUGUAUUUUGGCUAUCACUGCUCAUUCCUUCAGCCUCACUGAAGUGUGUUGAGAGGGACUGACAGCAUCAUCAGCUCUAGCUGCUGCCUUGAUGGACUUCAGCCAAUCUGCCUAUCCUAUCACCUUGUUUAAGUGACUGUUGUAGAGAUGGGUCUGACCAGAGUCCACGAAAGGCAAGAAGACAUUCACUGGGUCUUCUAGGCUAGGUGUUGGGCAAUUUCACUUUUAGGAAUCUCUCCUACAGAAAUACUCACCUGUAUACAAACAUACACAUGACUACACCCAAGAAUAGUCACUGUACCACGAUUUGUAAUAAACAAUUCAAUUGAAGAUAUGAUAAAUGGCCACCAGUAAAGGAAUGGGUUUCUCUGUUAUAAAGAUGAGAACUCAAAGUCUUUCAAGGAAUAAAAGGAAACUAAGGAUACACAGAUGGCUGAUGGAACACAGUGAUGGAGAAAAAGAAAAAGUGAGACUCUUCUGUUUGCUUCCAGGGUGUGGACUCAGCUGCAGUCUUUCUGGCACCAGCGGAAGAGGCUUGUGGUAAAGAAGAUAUGCUGUAAUGGAGCCUAUGGGGCAAAUGCUUCUAUGUUAAUGAGAGAAUAAUGAUUCUGCUCUGAUACCUCACAGUAUUGAAAUGCUCUAUUUCUAUGGCUCAUUUGCCACUUUCAAGAAGUUCCUAAUAAUGAGGAGUACAGUGGAUAUGAAGGUGGGACUCUCUAGCAACUAGGAAGGAGGUACCUUUACCCCAGAAACACAGUUCUCUUUCUUAGUCUUCAGUUGACUUCAACUUGAUACGAGGUAGCCCUCAGGCAUGGAGCGGCCGGCGGCCCGGGAGCUGCAGGGCGCCGACGCGUUACGCCGCUUCCAGGGGCUGCUGCUGGACCGCCGCGGCCGGCUGCACGGGCAGGUGCUGCGCCUGCGCGAGGUGGCCCGGCGCCUCGAGCGCCUCCGCCGGCGCUCCCUGGCGGCCAACGUGGCUGGCAGCUCGCUGAGCGCCGCGGGAGCCGCGGCCGCCAUCGUGGGGCUCUCGCUCAGCCCGGUCACCCUGGGCGUGUCGCUGGUGGCGUCGGCCGUGGGGCUGGGGGUGGCGACCGCCGGAGGGGCCGUCACCAUCACGUCCGACCUCGCCCUGAUCUUCUGCAAUUCCCGGGAGCUGCGCAGGGUGCAGGAGAUUGCCGCUGCCUGCCAGGACCAGAUGCGCGAGAUCCUGAGCUGCCUCGAGUUCUUCUGCCGCUGCCAGGGCCGCGGGGACCGCCAGCUGCUGCAGUGCGGCCGGAACGCCUCCAUCGCCCUGUACAACUCUGUCUACUGCGUCGUCUUCUUCGGCUCACGUGGCUUCCUCAUCCCCAGGCGGGCGGAAGGGGCCACCAGGGUGAGCCAGGCCGUGCUGAAGGCCAAGAUUCAGAAACUGGCGGAGAGCCUGGAGUCCUGCACUGGGGCCCUGGACGAACUCAGCGAGCAGCUGGAGUCCAGAGUCCAGCUCUGCACGAAGGGCGGCCGUGGCCGCGACCUCAAGAUCUCUGCUGACCAGUCCGCAGCGCUGUUUUUCUGAGAACAUCCUUUCCCCUCAUGACCGAGGCCAGAAACCAUCCCCAUGGGAUGCUCCAGAUUUGUAGCUCCCUCAGGAAAACAACACCACGUUGGACGAGGAGCGGAAUGCAAAGGAUGAGAAAGACUGUUCUUGAAACUGGGGGGAAGGAGGGAGUGCUCAGAGUCCUUCUUUUCCCAUCACCGUGGCAUCCUGCCUGGGGUUGUAUGCUAGGGACUUUUUACUUGCCUAAUCCUAUGGGCUAUGUGAACUGACAACUCUUCUUCCUUUAUCAAAACCGUUCAGUUGCCACACUGGUGGGCGCCCCUGUAUUAAAGUUGACUCGGGGUCCUUGCCCCAGCCCCGGUGGUUUGAGCAGAGGUUGGGGAGGCUGUGUGUGAGGCCACCCUCUGGGGCCUCUCUAAGACCCACUAGGCUCUGAGGUCCUCAAAAUGAGGAGGAGACACUAGCUUUUAAAACUUCUCUUCCAGAGUUUCUGAGUAUAAACAACUCCAGAGUCCGGAGCAAAUCAGGUCCCUCUGAACUGUGUAGCAGGGUUCAGGACCCAAGAAGGGCCUCUCCCAUUCACACAUUCUUCCCUCCACCCUCUGGGUGCCUGCUCUCAAAUCCAGCCUGGGGCAGGGUGGGUAUUUCUGAAGGGCUUCAUAGCCAGACCUCUGGAUAUUCUGGGAGGGAAACCAAGUAAACAGUCAUCUGAAUCCCACCCCCUCGCAACAAGCCGCUGAGGCCAAGGACGAUGAAGUGACGCACAACCUUCCUUACCCGCAUCCUAGUGCACAGAAGAGAGCAGUGGCUUUGAGUUAGUCCUGGGUUUAUUAUAGGCUCUGUCACUACUGUGAGACCUUGGCCACUUAAUUUCCCUGAGACUUGGCUUCCUGGUCUGUGAAACAGAUGCUAAAGUCACCCUGUUUUAAGGUAUUGAGAUGAAGUGCCAAGCACAGUGUCUGACUCAGGAAGUGUGUGCCCCCUCCCCCCCACCCCCUCUGACUGGCAACAUUAGCAUCACCUGGGGACUUGGUAGAAAGGCAACUUCUUGGACUCAACAGUCAACCUAAGGAAUCAGAAACUCUGGAGGUGGGGCCCAGCAGCCUGUGUUUAAAACAAGCCCACAGGGGAAUCCUGAUAUUCACUAAGUUUUGAAGAGUACUGCAACAGAUGUUGUUGGUUUCUGAUCCCCUCGUGGGCGUUCAUGAAGUCUCAAGGCCUCUCCAGGGGCUCCAUGGUCUUCAGAGUCAUUCACAGAAGGACAAGGACAGACAGGGUCCCAAAAGGGAAAGAAAGAAUAUGUGCAGGAUCUGUCAGGGCGUCCUGGGGCAAUUUCCCACCCUGCGAAGUAAGGGAUAUAACAAAAUGCCCCUCUAGAGGGCAGUGUUGCCUACUCAUUGUAGGAACUGGUACACAAAGGACCUUGAACUUAAUGCAAAUUGACCUUUGUUACCUUCUCUGAAGGCUGCUGGGCCUUGUAUUUUUUUUUUUUAAUUUAUUUUAAGCUGGUUAUUUAAUUGCUGUUUAUUAUUUGCAUUUAAUUGUAUUUAAUCACCAUGCCAUGUUUAGAAAAUAAUAGGAAUAGCAUGUUUCUGAUUGGGAGGCUAUGGAGGCUCUUUUUAGGAGAUGAUGCUGAGUUUUGCCUUCCUAAGGUGGGGCAUGAGUUGGAAAUAGCAUUGCUCUCCUUGAGUAAGUCUCUCUCCAGAAGAGGGGGAAUUUUAUUUCCUAGUGAUCUGAGCGAUCCUUUUAGGUAAACGUGGGAAGUUCUGAAUAGAGAGACCACGGACGAAUUUAGGCUUCCCAAUGGAGGUUUGACUUGCGGGCUAUAGAAAGGAUGCAAGCAUAUUUAUCCUGAAGGUACUUCGCCAGCAAAUAACACUUGACCCGAAAGCGAACCUAUUUUGUUCAGGGAGGAAAAGAACCCAUUAGAGGCAUGAGAGGGAGGCACUCAGACCAGGGCAGCCUCAUGUCUUGUGACAUUAUGUCUUGUGACAUUAUGUCUUGUGGGUGAUAGGCAAAUAGCUUAUGUGGUGAUGUGUUAUAUUUUCACUUUGGGUGCUGUAGGGAAUCUGCAAGCUGUCUCUAAGAAAAUAGUUAUCAUUUCUUCAAUUUUUAUUCCUACAACCAUAAUGUUGAAAAUAUGUUGAAAAGCCUUUGGGAACCACACACCCAACACUUGGCUGUGUUAUUUAGUUGUUUAACAUGCUUUACAUUUACCCAGUCUACCCCCAUGUUUCCCAGUGGUGGCAGAGUGUCUGAGGAACUGUAAUCUCAGCGCUGGGGAGAGGGCUUAGUGGUUCUGUGUUUUUAUUUCUCCUAUAAAUUGCAAUUGAUCCUUGUUUCUUUUGAAGCUGGCACUGGUUUCUUUUUAAACUGUAUCAUUUCUUAGACCACCUUGUAUGAAUGCUAGCAUUUUAGAUCACCAGAAUGUACUUUACCUCGUUGUCUGGGUUGUGUCUCAAAGGCACAACUACUCCCUGACUCCAUCUUUUAUUAAUGCUUAAGUUUGCAUCAUAGUCUUCCAAUGGGUGUGUUGUUCCCUAGAAAUUAACUGGGCAUUUCAGGAAGCAACAGCAACAGCAGCAGCAAACUUCUCGUAUCAUUAGGGUAUUUUGGGGAUCUCAAAGUCAUAAAUUCCCAAAGUUAUCAUUCCAGUGGCCCCCUUUACAUCUAAGGAAGAGUGUCUACUUUGGAACAAUACUUUGCACAUUAUAGGAGCUCAAUACAUGCAUUUAAAUAAUUUAAUGAACUGCUUAGCUAUAGUAUGAGAAUUUAUUGGUAAUGAAAUGUUAUCCAUUCUUUUCUGGGUCUGAUAUAAAAAGUGGAGCCUCUACCAGGAUUUAGCCAAGUCCAGUUAAAUGGAUCCUAGAGACAAAUACUUAUUUAUUUCUUUUGGGGGAAUGCAAAUAAGGCUUUUCCUUAAGGUCUUCAUUCUGUAAACAAACAGAUUGAAAUGGUAUGUUGCAAAAGGAAGAAGAGAGAGGAGUAUUUAGAUUACAAAUGUACUUCAGAAAAAUGUCCAAGCUUGAAAAAUAAAAAUUUUGUUCUAAGAUA